CGACGUACGGGUGUUCCUGUCCAAUUUUUUACUGCGCUAUGCAGUCACGGAAUUGGUCAACGUUUCUUAUUCUCCGAAUCAAGCACAAUAUAUAAUGUGAGUUUCGGUUUUGUUCAUACCAGAGCAGUCUUAUUCAACACAUUCCAUCUUCAAUAUCACUUACGCUUACCAUGGAUUUUGGAGGAGACGUAUUCGGCUACUUGGGUCGAAACAUCAUCCAUGAUCAUAAUAGUGUUCUUCUCAAAAAGCUUCCUGGACAUUCCGAACACCAUGCUGGUCGUAGACAUAUCCCGCAGCUACCAACACUAUCGAAGCUUCCGCUCUCUCCGGAUGGCGCUAGUAAUAAGGACAGCCACCCGGUUGGAAUUUUAGGGGCAGGGGUUGGUGGUCUAUACACCGCUCUCAUGCUAGAUUCGCUGGACAUCAAGUACGAGAUCUUGGAGGCAUCAGACCACACCGGUGGCCGCCUCUUCACCUACAAGUUCCCGGAUAGCAACGAAUAUGACUACUAUGAUGUUGGUGCCAUGAGGUUCCCCCUGCCGCAGAAAGACAGUGAAGGCAAUUACAAGACCGGUAUCAUGAAGCGCUUAGGCGAUUUAAUCAACUAUUCAAAGCUCAACGACGGUGAAAUCAUACCUUUGAAGUCCAAACUUAUCGAUUACUAUUACGAGGCGAGGCGAGGAGGAUCUUUCCUCUACUUCAACAAUGAACAGUACCAAGUCUCCGAUAAAUCGCACCCUCCUGACUUCCAUGCAGGGAAAAUGGGUGUUGAGUCCGAGUAUGUCACUGUAGGAGUAAAGAAGAUUGUCGACGAUGUCAUUGAGCCAUUCGCCCGCAUGCUCAUAGACGAUUUGGAGAAGCAGGUCACUAAGGGAUGGGAGGUCAUGAAGAAGAACGACGCAUACUCGCUUCGCGCAUACAUGUUGUUCAAGUACAUUCCCAGCGUCAACCUCAAGCUCCCGCCUAUGCAUCUUUCCACCAACGUUAUCAAUUGGUGCGAGACAUUCGAAGACAGCACCGGCUCAUAUGACCGCGCUCUAACUGAAGCGGUUCUCGAGUCGCUGGCGUUUGCCAAGGCCGAUUCGGGCAUCGUGGAAUGGAAGUGUUUCAACGGCGGUUCUCAGGUGCUCACCGAGUACAUGACGGAUUACAUCACAAAGAAGAAACCCGGUGCUAUCAAGCUCAACAACAGAGUCACUUGCAUCUCUCAGGAUACUGACACCAUGAAGGUUUCUGCAAGGAACACAGUAAAUGGCAAGGUGACCACCGCAUACACAUAUUCACAUGUUAUAUCGACCACCCCUCUGCCAUGCCUGCGGGCAAUGGAUCUCUCUGGUGCUGGUUUAAACGUGAUGCAGAAAAACGCAUUGCGCAAGCUACAGUACGGUCCUUCAAUCAAAGUUGGGAUCUAUUUCAAAUCAGCAUGGUGGACGGACCUGUUCGGUAUCGAAGGAGGCCAAUCAUUCACCGACCUUCCCAUUCGAACUAUCGUCUACCCUUCUUACGGGAUCUACAGUAGCUCACCAUCCACAGUACUGAUCGCGAGUUACUGUUGGACAAAUGACGCAGAACGCUUGGGAGCGCUCAUCAACAGUGGUAAAGACAGUUACAACGAGCAACUAAAGGAACUCGUGCUGCGCGAUCUCGCGGCAGUACACGGAGACAAAGCUAAUUAUCAGUUCUUAUUGGACCAAUUCAAGGACAUGCAUGCAUGGGACUGGACCUGCGACCCGCUCACCAUGGGUGCCUUUGCGCAGUUUGGGCCUGGAGAUUUCCAAGAUUUAUACACCUCUCUCACUGUUCCAAAUCAGAACAAGAAGUUCCACUUCGCUGGAGAAGCUAUUAGCACCCGUCAUGGAUGGGUUGUUGGUGCGUUGGACAGUGCAUGGCGCGCAGUGUACGAAUACCUGCUUACUUCUAGAACGCCUCAAGACACCAUUGACAAAUUCUUCAAACUGUGGGGCACAAACGUCGAGUGGGUACACCCAUCACCCUUGUGUGGUAAAGAUAAAGACAGUGCAGAGGCGAACACUAUGCUGCGAGUUCACAUGGGAUUAGCCUAUGCUGGUGAAUUGUCUGGGGAGGUGAAGUUUUGAACAAGAUGUAGUAGUUAGCUUGGUAUCAUCGACUGAAUAUGUAACAUCACUCGCUUUGUACUAUCAUGUAUGAUUUGUUUGUUCCGAGGAACUGAAAUACGUUGUAUGUUUCCGUUAA